CCGCGAUGGUCGAGCGCGCGCCGCGUCGUCGUCGCGCGCGCUCGCCCGUCGCGCGUCGCGCGCGUCGCGCGCUCGAUCGAUUCCGCGAUGAACUCGGCGGUCCCGCGCCGUCGGCGUCGAUCGCGACGUCGCGCGCGGCGCCGAGCGACGAGGACGACGCCGACGCGGAAUCGCGACCGCGCCGGGACGACGCCGCCGCCGACGCGCGCGGCGCGGACGUCGCGGCGCUGCGAAGCGCGCUGACGUGCGUGAUCACGAACGCGCUGUUCGUGGACCCGGUGACGACGGCGUGCGGACACACGUUCGAGCGGGACGCGCUCGCGAGGUGGCUCACGCGAGGCGAGCGAGAACGCGCGGCGGGACGAGACGGACGCGGACGCGUCGCGAGCGGGGAGGCGCCGGCGAGCUGCCCGCAGUGUCGAUCGCCGCUGUAUCACGAAUUGCCGCACGAGUGGCCGGUGAACACGACGGUGCGGGAGUGCGUGGAGGCGACGUUCGGAAGGGAGGCGGCGCUGGGAGAGGCGGAGGCGAGACGCGAGGCGAACGCGCGAGGCGAACGCGAGGACGAUCGACGAGGGCGCGACGGCGGCGAGGGAACGAGACGACGACGCGCGCAGGAUGAGGCGUGGGUGUCGACGCGAGGGAACGUGAACGUCGUGGGACCGACGUACGAGCUUCCGAUGUUUUUUCUCGAGGCGUUGGUGCCGGGGCAGGAGGUCACGCUGAACGUGUUCGAGGCCAAGUAUAAGGUGCUGGUGCGACGAUGUUUGAGCGGAUCGAGGAAGUUUUUGAUGAUGACGAACGAGGAUAGCAACGAGGAACAUUAUUUGGAGGACUUGGAAGACGACGACGCGACGGCGGCCGUCUCUCGAGGCGUGGCGGAUGGGUACGGAUUGACGGAUGUCGAUUUGGCGCAGUUUGGGCGAUUUUGCGCCGAGUGUCAAAUCGUGACGUGUCAAGAGCUCGUCGAUGGGCGGUUUUUGGUGCGCAUUCGCGCCAUGCGACACGUCUUCGUGCACAGCGCGGUGAAGGAUCCAUCUGGGUUCAUCGUCGCCAGGUGCUCGCGCGUUCGCGACGAAAUCAACGCGGAUCUGAGCGUGCUCGACAACAGGGGCUUCAAAGACGACAGCGAACUGCGGAAAGCCAACGCGGCGGCGGUGAAGCUCGAACUUCGCAUAGAUCGCGUGCUAGAGCUUUUCGACGUGUGGGUCGCGAUGACGAUCGGCUCGCGUUGGUUGUACAAUUACGGCGGAUCGAUGAGCCAAUUGCUUCAAGCCGUCGGCCCGUCUCCGCGCAGGGAAUCUCCGAGCGAUCUCGCGUGGUGGAUCGUGCGCGUGCUCAAUCCACUGCCGACGAUCGACGGCACGAUCGAGAUGCGAUCGAUUUGCUUGAACACGUCGCACAUCGACACGCGGUUUCAAGUCAUAGCGCAAAUGCUGAUUUAUUCGCUCUCCCUCGUGCAGCGCAUCAACGUUCGCGACUGGACCAAGCGCGAGCACGUCGUGGCGGUGAGCGUAUGCAACGAAUUAUUCGCGGUACUCAGCGAAUCACCCAGUGAUGCCGCCGGCGAUUUACGUCGCGAACGAUUGGUGGAGGACAUCUAUGAAUUGCUCUACGACGUGGACUUUAUCGAGCACGAAGCGUACGAAGGCUUACGCAUUUGCCCUCCGGGCUACGACGACCCCCAAGGCGUGGCCGCAAAAUCCUUUCUCUUAGAAAAGAGCAAGAGACCGGAUCCAUCGAAACAAACCGAUAGCAAAAAGGCGCAGUCUGAACAGACGAAGUGGAGCGAUUACCCUCCUCCGGUGUUCGACGCAGUGAUGGACCGCUUGAUAUGGGAGCACGGUUACGGCGCGUUGGCGCUCGCGGCGUGGCGCGCGCUGUCGGAUUACGAGUGCGGCGACCCCAAACUCAAGCGAUGGAACGAGCGCCUUCUCGCGCAUUGCCCGAGCAGCAUCAAUGUCGGGACGCACGUGAAGGACACGAACGAGCUGUUGCGAUUAUCCCGCAAGUUCAGCAAGUGUCUUCGCCGCGACAUGCGAUGCGGCUUUUACAAAUUUUUAUACCUCUUCGACUUGUGUCGAAUGCUCGUCUAUUUAGUCUACCGCGUCCUCGUGUUGGUCAUCUUCGCCCUCGGAUUCUUGUUCGAGCUCGCCUUCGACCGUGAGUUCCACGGUGGGCACAGAACCGCCGCACGCGGGCUCUUCAUGGCUGUCGCAAUCGGCGCGGCGAGCGGCUUGUUCGCUCGAAGCUCGCUCGACGCGUACUUGGGUCGCGUUCGGAGCGAAUGAAUGAGUCAUUUGAUGUAA